AUGGGAACCCAGAAGACCUGGGAGGAUGCCUUAUUUUACUGCAGAGAGCACCGCCGUGACCUGGUCUCCAUCACCAACCUCAACCAGCAGAGAUGGGUCCAAGAGAGAGCCAAGAAGGCCGACAGUCCCUACAUCAGGCUGGGACUGCGCUACACCUGCACUCUAGAUUUCUGGUUCUGGGUCAGUGACAAGGUGGUCUGCUAUAAGAACUGGGACUCACAUAAGUCGGAUGAUGACUGCGACAUGUCUGGAGCCAUGGACAGAGGAGGACAACGUAAGUGGUUCAAAAAGAUUGACAAUGAAGAGUUUAAUUUCAUCUGUUCAAAGUAA